CAAGUUUUUUGAAAUUGAUAUUUUUCCUCGCUAGCAUAUUUUACGUAAUAAAUUUAUCUUGUAAUUAUUUAACAUUUUGCAAUCAUCCGUUGAUAGUUGUUCAUCCUAGUACAGUGAUGUGUCACUAACGCAAUAUUUCGCACUAAAUAGAUACGUAAACGCAACAUGAGAUAAAACGUGUGUACAAUACUUUUUUAAUAAAAGAUAAAAAAUGUUUCCAAGGAAAACUUAAUAUAAAAAUUUCGUUAACUUCGUUCAUUUUCAUACAUGGAUAACUGUGUAUACCAGAACUGUCGAAAACGUAACAAGUAAUUAUAUAUUUAAAUAGAAGCAAACAAUAUUAUCCAAUAAAAUUUAAUAAUGAUUAUGCACUUUAAUAUUAAUAUCGAGAAAGGUUUGUUGAAUACCCUAUAUACAGCAGAAAUUAUAUGUCAGCAUCGUAUUAGUGGUAUGGCAAGUUCAUGUUUUAGUAAUGUUGACGAGUAUGGCUUUGAAAGACCUCAUGACUUUGACUAUGAAACUUAUGAAGAUUUUAUGUCGGAAUACCUCAAAGUACUUGCUAAACGAGCAAAGAAAUGGGCUGAAAUUAUUGGUGAAGGAAAAUCAUUACAACGCAGUAUUACGGUAAAAAGAUAUGUUCGUAAAGGUAUACCUAGUGAACAUAGAGGUUUGGUGUGGCUUUCUGUGAGUGGAGGAGAAGAUAUGAAAAAUGCAUCCCCGAAUCUCUAUGAAAAACUAUUGCAGUCUCCACAUAAUAAAGAGAUCGCAGAUAUUAUAAAAACUGACCUACCAAGAACAUUUCCUGACAAUAUAUUCUUUAAUAACACGGAGAAUCAACAACAUCAAUUAUAUAAUAUUUUAUUAGCUUUUGCUCAUCAAAAUAAGACUGUAGGAUACUGUCAAGGUCUAAAUUAUAUAGCAGGAUUAUUAUUACUUGUAACAAAAAAUGAAGAAACAGCUUUUUGGUUGCUAAAAAUUUUAAUUGAAAAAAUUCUACCUGAUUAUUAUACCUCAACCAUGGAUGGACUCCUAACAGAUAUAGAUGUUCUUGCAGAAUUAGUCAAGAUAAAAAUGCCAGAUAUUCAUCAGCAUGUUACAAAUAUGGGUUUACCUUGGGCUGUUAUAACAACAAAAUGGUUUGUUUGUUUAUUUGCAGAGGUCUUACCAAUCGAGACUACGCUGCGCAUAUGGGACUGUCUUUUUUAUGAAGGCAGUAAAAUUAUAUUUCGAGUUGCAUUAACUCUUAUAAAAAGAAACAAAUGCAAUUUGCUUGCAUGCCAAAAUUUUACAACAUUAGCAGAAUGUUUUAAAGAGAUCACAAAGGACAGUAUUGUUUUAAAGUGUCACGAAUUUAUGCAGAGCAUAUUUAAAGUACCUGGAUCACUGCCUGGGAGUAUGGUUAUAAAGCUACGAACAAAAAUUACGCGGGAGCGUAUGGAACAAAAAGAAAGUAAAGUAGGACGAUAAUAUUAGUUAACGAGAUUCAGUUUGGCAAAAUAAUCUAGUCAAUUUCCCUCGUAACAACAAACUGAUUAUGCCGUGUAAGAUUGUAUUAUAAUAUUAUUCUACAUUGUUCCUGUACAUAUGAAUUUAGCAUGAAGAUAAGACAAUAUACCGAUGAUGUUCAUAUAUUUUUAUUUAUAUGAUUCUUUAUACAUUCAUUAUUUUUUAAAAAGAGAGAAUACGAAAUUUAGGUACUAGUUUCAUUAUAUGUUCCAUAAGAUUGUAAUAUAUGCGUACUGAUUAUAUUAAUAUCAUGUAUUAAGUAUCUUAAGUACAGUAACUCUUAGCUCAAUUAGCUAGUAUUAACAUUAAACCCACCAGCAAUGUAUCUAUUUACAAACAACUUUAUUCUAAGUUACACAAAAUAUAAGAUUUAUUUGUGUUAAAUAGAUAUAUACAGAAAAAUUUGUUUUAGUAAAUCUAACAUUAGAAUUAAAUUUACAUAUAUAGAUGUAAACUGUUAUACCUAAUUCUUUACAUUACUAUGCACACAUAGGUCAUUUUUCUAACAAAUCUUUUGCUUCAUUAACUUUUGCUGCUAUAUAAGCGGAUCCACCUCUAUCGGGAUGAUUUACAGCCAUGACUUUUUUAAAGCGCUCUUUUACUUUUGCUUUGUUUGCAGUUGGAGAUACACCUAAUAUUAAACUGGCUUCUCUGCGAGUCAUUUUUGCUUCAAAGCCUCCUUUGUAGUAUUUGCUAUUUGCUAAUUUCUGCAGAUGUAUAUUUAGUUAAAAUUGUAAU